CUGAGCCCGUGUGGCUUGGCGCGGUGUUGUGGCAUAUCCGUGUAAUAGGGGCGGCUGCCUCUAGUCAAAUCCCGCCGAAUCCGGGGAAACCAGUCAGCGUGGCGGAAAUCUAAUUGUUGGGUGAUUAAUUAGCCCGGGAUCUGGUCAGUCGAUUGCCCGGCAUCCGGGUGGUGUGUCCGAUCAGCCCAUCCGGAUAUCCACUGGCUACAGUCGCCCGCGUACUCAGAAGUACAUAUACUGUAAGCCAAGAGCCUCCAAUACUAUCACCAUCAAGCGCGGUCCGGAGUUGCACUCGAAACGUGCCUAGCCAUGGACUUCAACCUCAACUCGACCGUCGCGGCGCAGGCCACGGCCUCAUACUCUGAACUCUUUGCCCUGGCGAGCCAGAACCCGAACCUAUCUUUCCUGGAAAAAGCCUGGUGGACACAUUAUGCCUACUGGGAUAACGAUAUUAUCGCUACUGGCAUCAUCACCUUCCUAGCCCACGAAAUCCUUUAUUUCGCUCGCUGCAUCCCGUGGAUCAUCGCCGACGCCCUGCCGGGUUUGUUUCACCGCUACAAAAUUCAGGACAAAAAAGAUCCUCCGUCUGCGAAGGAACAAUGGAGCUGCGUCAAAUACAUCCUCGCCAUCCACUUUAUCGUCGAAUUGCCUAUGAUCGUCCUGUUUCACCCGAUGAUGGAGUUCUUCGGUUUAAAGUAUGGCCUCCCGUUUCCCGACCUCAAAACCCUCGCCAUCCAGAUCGCGAUCUUUUUCUUUGUUGAAGAUACAUACCAUUAUUGGCUGCAUCGGGCAUUCCACUGGGGCCCGCUGUAUCGUUCCAUCCAUCGGGUCCACCAUCAGUACGCCGCGCCGUUCGGUCUGACGGCCGAGUACGCCAGUCCAUGGGAAACCAUGCUUCUCGGCCUCGGCACCAUUGGACCCCCUUUGGUACUCGCAUCCUUUACCGGCGAGGUCCAUCUGAUGACAGUGUUGGCUUGGGUGGCGCUGCGUCAGUUCCAGGCGAUCGACGCGCAUUCCGGGUACGAUUUUCCCUGGAGCCUGCGACGGAUUUUCCCGCUGUGGGGAGGAUCUGACUGGCACGAUGAUCACCACCGGUAUUUCCGGGGAAAUUAUUCCAGCUCUUUCAAGCAUUGGGAUGUGCUUAUGGGAACGGUUGCUGGACCUCGGGGGAAGAAAAUGCGCAAAGAGGAGUAACUGUGAUGGAUGGUAUCUAUAUACUUUAUCUCGUUCACCUUAUCACGUUCUUAAUGCCUAAUAAUAAUUAUGUUGCCACUGGCGA